GCAGAUAGAGCAAAAUUAGUUUUUUUCUUUUUUAAAAAAAGCCUAUUUUAACAAACUAUUUGUUUUUAUUGCUCUCCAUUUCUCCAAAUAGGUUUUAAAAUGCUGCCUAAUAUACUGUCUUUGCAACAAUUUUCUGUGAUUAAUUUUACAUGUUACUUUAAAGAAUAUUUGUAUUAUUUUUGCACAUUUUUGAUAUAUCUUUAUCAACUGAAAUGCAAAAUUUGGAUUAUUGCACAUUCUGAGGAAUGUUUUUACUCAUUUGUUCUAUAAUACCAAAUGAGAUGCAUUCCAGUACAAAUAAAACAGGUUCGUUUCUACUGUAUACCUGCUGGAGUCCGUUUGUUUUUCAGCGAUCUUUUUUGAUAGUUUAAGGACAUACGGGGCUUUCUUAAAUGAUUUAAAUUAAGUUAAUCUUAAUUUGCUACCCAGGUUAAACCCCUUUUGUGUAGGUAUUUUAUCAAACAUGCAAUUUACAUGCCUAAUACGAAGCCCAUUUGUUUUAUAGCUUGCUCUUGUUCACUGCUUUGAUUUGAAGCGGUUUAAAUUGCAAGCCGCUCUUAGCGUAGCAGCUAAAGCGGUAUUUCUCAACCGUGGCAACUUUUAAGAUGAGUGGGCUUCAACUCCCCGUAGUUGCGUCUAAUUUAAAGAGUUUAUUCAAACAAGCUAAAGCGGCGCCUCUCACUUCGGCGACUUUAAAUGACUUUAAAAUUCCACAGCGGAGGAAUUUAAGCGCCUCUCAUUUCAAAGCGGCCCAGGUCGAGGGAAAAAAAAAGAAAAGGCGAAACGCCGCUUUAGCUCUGCGCUAGGAGUUGCGCGCGUAAUUUAAAGUUGCCUAUUCAGACAACAAGCUAAGGCAGCGUCUCUCAACCUCGGCAACUUUUAAGAUGAGUGGAUUUUAGUGCCCACAAUUCUGCAGCCGUGGAACUGAAGUCCAGUCGCUUUAAAGUUGCCGAGGUUGAAAAACGCGGCUUUUGCGGCUAUGCUAAAAACUGCCUGCGAUUUUAAAAUGCUCAUUCAGACAACCAGCCAGAGCCGCGUUUCUCAAUUGUAAGGAGAGCGGAUUUAGAAUUUCGCAGCUAUGGAAUUGAAGUCCACGCAUUUUUCUGCCUUGCUUCCUUGCUCUCUCUUUCUCUUACUUUAUUAUUGUUGCUGAUUUUGUUUAUAUUUUAAUUUCAGACACUCAGUUUCACGACAGUUUAAUCCGGCAUUGGAAUUUACAAUGUCAGGAUUUGGAGAAGUCUUGAAGAUGAUUGGCGAAUAUGGGGCGUUUCAGAAAUGCUUGGUGUUGCUGCUUUGCAUCCCAAGUUUCUUGACCCCUUUUCACAUGUUCGGCCAAAUCUUCAUUAGCAUCGAUGUGCCUCACUACUGCAACACCAGCUGGAUCCGAGCAAUUAGCCCCAACUUAACCAUUCAACAGGUGUUAAACUUAACAAUUCCUAAGGGAAUGGAUGAUUCUCUGGAUGAAUGUUCUAGAUUUACUCCAGUAGAUUCGGACAUUGAAUCGAUCAUAAAAUACGGGCUCAAUUCUACCCAGGGUUGUGAACAAGGAUGGGUGUAUCCGACAAUGAGCGUGCCAACUCUGGUUACCGAGUUUGAUCUGGUCUGCGACCAAAGGGACUUAAACGACAUCUCCCAAUCCAUUUUCAUGGGUGGACUUCUGGCUGGAUCGCUGAUCUUCGGCUCACUGAGUGACAGGAUUGGCAGUCGGAUGUCCAUCCUAAUUACCCUGUUCAUAAUGGGAUUCUUUGGGACUGCAUUAAGUUUGGCCCCGCAUUUCUACGUCUACAUUGCCCUGAGAUUGGUCGUAGGAGCAGCCCUGGCUGGGAUCAGCAUCAGCAUUGCAACCUUGAGUUCGGAGUGGGUGGGCCCAUCUUACCGUCCACAGGCACUGAUCAUCAUUCAUUGUGCCAAUGCGCUGGGUCAAAUGGCUCUAGCUGGCGUGGCCUACUUUGUCCGUGACUGGCGACUGUUUCAAAUAACGACCUCAGCCCCUGCAUUUCUCAUCUUUUUCUAUGCUUGGGUCCUUCCAAGCUCUGCUCGAUGGCUGAUAACCAAAAAGAAAAUGGGAGAAGCCAAAGAUAUCCUCCUAAGAGCUGCUGCCAUCAACAACCAAACCUUUUCUGUGGAUAUUCUGGAUCAGUUGGCUCCGGAAAAGAAGGUGUCCCAUAGAUACAUCCUAGACCUUUUCAAGAAAUCGUAUCUGAGGAACAUGACUUUGAUCAUGGCUUGGGUGUGGUUUGUGGAUAGUCUGGUGUAUUACGAACUGAGUCUUCACAUUGGGGAUUUUGGCUUGAACAUCUACUUGACCCAACUCAUCUUUGGAGCUGUGGAAAUCCCAUCUCGCAUCCUCUCCAUUUUUCUGCUCGAAUGGAUCGGGAGGAAGAAGUGCCAAUCCACUUGGCUCAUCCUGGGAGGAAUCAUGUGUGUGAUCAUCUGUGUGAUCCCCAAAGAAUUCCCUAUUAUUGUGACUGUGCUGGCCGUGAUUGGAAAGUCUGCUAUGGCUGCUUCCUUUUCAACCACUUAUCUCUUUUCUGCUGAGAUAUUUCCCACAGUUGUGAGACAAUUCGCCCUUGGCUUGUGCUCCAUGUCUGCUCGUGUUGCGGGCAUCCUUGCGCCAUUAGUUGGCAUGUUGGCCAGAUAUCACCUUGCUAUUCCUAUGUUCAUCUGUGGAAGCUCAACGCUGGUUGCAGGAAUCCUCUGCUGUUUCCUUCCUGAGACACGCAACAGAGAUCUUCAGGAUACUACACCUGAGCCUGAAGCCGCACCAGCCCAGAAGAGAUUCAUCUCCACAUAGGCUGUGAACUGGAAACCAUAACUGAAGAAGAAAUUACGGAGGAAGGACCUGUCAAGAAAACCUAUGUGUAGAACCAAGAAGCUUAUUGAGUUCUGGACUUUACAAGCCAUAACUUGGUUUGCUGGUCAUCAAUGUAAGGUUAUGUCAUCAAUGUGUCUAAGGUUAUUCAGAAUUAUUGCUGAGUAUUCUAAUCAUAGUGUAACAUUGACAUGUCUUCACAUUGUGGUAUUGUUUUAUAUUUGGGGUGCACAUAUCCUUGGACUGGUGGGCAACAAUUGCCCUCCCAGGUACAGCACGAUUAGAUGCUGACUUUGAUUUCUUUGGAUCUGCAUAUCAAUAAAACUGCAUGACAAAAAUCUCUGUUCCCUAGUGUUUUUCUUUUUAAAUUUUCUAUUUGCUGAAACGUUGCAUUCAUUAUCUGGUGGUCUCUUGGGCUUGGGAACUCAGUGGGCCAGAAUAAUAAUUUUAUAUUUGGUUUCAAGAAAUCCUGAAACAAUCAGGAGACAUCCUGGAACAUGCUUGGCUGACAGGAUUAUACUGACACUGCCAUAUCUUUGUGUGAAUGUGGUUCAGGGGCACACAUGGACACAGAGAUGGCCCUCAAUAUUAGGACAUUUUGUUAGUGAUUGUUCAAAGACACAAUGGUGCUGGGAAAAGUGACUUACUGGCACUUAGAAUGUCUAUGGAGAUUCUCAAUCUUCCAGGUCAUAGAAUAUAGGAUAAAAGAGUUGGAAGGGACCUUGGAGGUCUUCUAGUCUAACCCUCUGCUCCAGCACAAGAGCCUAUACCAUUUCAGCCAAACAGUUGUCCAAUCUCUUUUUAAAAGCCUCCUGUGAUGGAGGCACCCACAACUGAUGAAGUUAUUCCAAAGGUGCUUUUCAAAUGUCAUACUUUUCAAACUUCAAACCAUGGUAUAAUAUUAUAAUAAUAAUAAUAAUAAUAAUAAUAAUAAUAAUAAUAAUAAUAAUAAUAAUAAUAAUAUAGUAGUAGUGGUAAUAGU